AUGGCAACCGUGGACAUGGUUAUACCGAAGAAGACAAAGAAAACCCAAGGCAGGCAAAAGAUCGAGGUGAAGCAACUAGAAGGCACAAAAAGACAGGUCACAUUCUCAAAGCGACGUGCAGGGUUGUUCAAGAAAGCCAGCGAGCUUUGUGUGUUGUGUGGUGCUGAAGUUGCUGUAAUGGUUAUAACUGAGAAAGAGAAAGACAAAGAGAAAGAAAACGAGAAAGGGAAAGGGAAGACGUACUGUUUUGGCCACCCAGAUGUUGACACCGUCGUCAACCGCUAUCUCUCAGAAAAUAACAACAACAACAGCAAUAACUAUGAUGAUAAUAGCGGGUUUGGAGAUUCGUUACCAGUGGAUGUGAACGAGUUCAACAGGCAAUAUGCUGAGGCUGAGAAGGUGUUGGAGAAGGAGAAGCGGCACUUGGCGGAGAUCGAGCAGAAGGUGAAGGAAAGAGGAGGAGGGUUGUGGUGGGAUGAAGCAUUGGAUGAGAACAUGGGGUUAGAGGAGAUGCAUCAGUAUAAGUUGGCUUUGCAAGAGGUGAGGAAGAAAGUAGUGGACAGAGUGAAUGAGAUGAGGAUGAUUAAGAGUAUGAGUAAGAGUCCUGUAGUGGUGCCAUCAGUGGAUUUGAGGUUGGGACAUGUUGAUUUAGGGGAUGGUUUUGUUCAUCCCAGCAAUUUUCAGGGUGGUAAUAAUGGUGGUGGUGGGUUUUUUUAUAGUCAUGGUCUUGGGUUUGGUCCGUUUGGACAGGGACAGUAG